AUGUCAGAAAACGGACAAUUAGAAACGCCUAACGUAGAGAACCCAGACCAGCAUAUCGAGGCCAACGAGCAGGCAAAUGAGGUAACUGAGGAGAUCAAAGAGGAAUCGACAACGCCAGUAGCACCUGCUUCAGCUUUGGAAGGCGGUCGUGAAACUUCCAAUAAGAUAUUAUAUGUUGGAAACUUACCCAAGUCGGCGUCGGAAGAACAAAUCAGUGAACUAUUUUCAGUAUCGAAACCCAUCAAAUCUAUAAAGAUGUUGAAUGAUAAAAACAAACUUGGGUUCAACUAUGCUUUUAUUGAGUUUGAAGAUAAUCAAGAUGCUGAUAUGGCAUUGAGCACCUUGAAUGGAAAGUUGGUCGAUGACUCCGAAAUCAAGGUCAAUUGGGCGUACCAGUCUGCAACUAUAGCCAGUAAUAGUACCCCAGAAGACCCAGCGUACAACAUUUUUGUUGGAGAUUUAAGUUCCGAGGUUAACGAUGAAGCAUUGAAAGCCGCGUUCAACAAGUUUGGAUCGUUUAAAGAGGCGCAUGUGAUGUGGGAUAUGCAAACAUCAAGAUCCAGAGGUUAUGGGUUUGUUACGUUUAGCAGACAGGAGGAUGCAGAGUUGGCACUUCAAACUAUGAAUGGAGAGUGGUUGGGAGGUAGAGCCAUUAGAUGUAACUGGGCAGCACACAAACAAACAAAUAAUCGAGACUACAAUAACACACAUGGGCUGAGACCCCAAAAUCGUUAUAACCAUCGACAAUACAGACCCUACAAUGGAAAGAGCUUCCAUGCGUACAACAACCAGUUUUCGGGUAAUGGACUGCAACCUAUAGCACCGGGAUUGAUCUUGCCCGAAUUGAACUUGUCCAAUGGUAGUUUGCCGCUAGGUUCUCAACCAAUUGUCAGCUCCCCGCCAAAUGGUCUCAAUGGAAAUGGCCAACAAGCAAGAAAUAUAGCGGUAAUGUCGCCACAGUCAUAUGACAUUGUAUUGAGACAAACACCUUCAUGGCAAACUACAGUCUACUUGGGAAACAUUGCACACGUUACUCAGCAACAAGAGAUGUUGCCCUUGUUGCAAAAUUUUGGAUACAUUGUUGAUUUCAAAUUCCACCCUGAAAAGGGUUGUGCAUUUGUAAAGUACGAUUCACAUGAGAGAGCGGCAUUGGCGAUAAUUCAAUUAGCUGGCUAUAACUUGAACGGUAGACCGUUGAAGUGUGGAUGGGGUAAAGAGAGGCCUCCGCAGUAUCAAAGCAGGACCCCAAGUUAUGGACAAAGGUAA